UCGGCCUUGGCGGCCUGGUACCUGUGUUUUGGUCGAGGGGUGAGAUACUGUUGGUGUCGAUGGCUUUGUGUGUCGUUGGCGCCUCGGCGGCGUCGUGGGACCGUGCGACGGCGUCGACGGCGUCGCGGCGUGGAAGCGUGCGGCCCGCGGCGGUUUCGCCCCGCCGCGGCGACGGCGCAAGUCUUCAUGGCGAGGCCAACGAAGCGCGCCGACGCAGGCGACGCGUCGGCGCCUUCACAUGAUCACAUGUGUGUGGCGCGCGCGCGCCGACGUUGCGUUGAAUUGGAGAUCUUUUGCUCUCGCCAGCUAAGCGGCGGAAGACGGCAGAAGAUGUGGUGAGCGGUGCGCCGCGCGCCGCCGAGGCGGCGCGCGGC